AUGUCAAACUAAAAUUAAGUAAGCUAAUCCAGCCUUCAGAUGUAAUUAACAGAAAUUUUUGCUUAUUUGAAAUCAUAAAAGGAUGAUAGUCAAGGAAAAGUAUAAGUAAAUAUCUAUGCAAGUCUCAGCCUGGCUAAUAAGUGAUUAAUAAUUUAGAGUUUAGCGUCACAGCUUUAACAUUCAAUACAGAUCCAACCAAAAGUAGUCAACUUGUUGUUGCAGGAGAAAAUAAGAUUCAAUUCUAUGAUGUUGCAUUUAAUCAAGGUUCUUAAUUGAACUCAUAGAAUGCCACAAAAACAUACACUUAUGAAAGCUUAAAAGAUGACACAAUCACAGCUAUUCAUUUUCCAAAUACAAAAAAGGAAAAAAAAAAUGAAAAAUACCCAUUCUUUUUUGGGACUAAGUAAGGAAAAUUUUUAUGCGGUAUGUCACUUAACUAAGAAUAAAAUGAAAACCAAGUACCUCAUGUUGAGCUUCAUUAAGGUCAAAUAAGUUGUAUUUUAUAAGUAUAAUGGUAGGAGGAAUUAGUUUUAUUAACAGGUGGUUAUGAUGGUCUAAUUAAAUAAUUUAAAGUAAAUUUCAGAGAAGGUAAUGAAAAUACUUUCGAAAUAAAUUAUUUUCCAUUUUAAAAUGAUGGCGUGUUAAAGCAUGGCUCUCAGGAAGGAGUUUUUUGGCUAUCCUUAAGUGAAAUAAAAGAAAAUGAUUAAAAAUAAAAAUAGAGACUGAUUGCUUCAGGUUAUGAGAAUAAUUUUUACAUUUGGGAAAGAAAUACCAAUGAUUUUUAAUGGCAUUUCAUCCUCAAGUAUAAAAGAAAUGCUUUUGGAUCAAGAGUUGCCUAUUAUGGAUCUGAUUGUAUAGUCUGGCAAUUGUUUUAACAAAAUUAUGUGAAUAUUUUAAUAAAUCUUGAUACAUCGGUACUAAAUAAUAAAGAUGUUGCAUUGAACUUUAAGCCGGAGAAUAUAAGAAAAGUUUAAUUAAAUGAAAAAUAGAAUGAUAACAGUAUAGAAAGAUAUGAUAAUGAUAAAUUUCCAUUAUUAUACCAUAAAGAUAAGCAGAUAAUGGUAAUUAAAUGUGGAAAUAGAAUUUAUUUUUUGAAAUGUAAAUCGUAAUUACCAAGCAGAGAAGGAUCUCAAAACAUUGCUUAGCUCUUUUAAGCGUAGCGCGAAUUAAGCUUUAAUUAUUAUGAAUAAUACAUUGAAUGUAGUUUAGAUUGUACAUUAGGUGCAAUAUCACCUAAAGGCGAUAUUUUAGUAGUUUAUGAUAGUUGCAAGAAGGAACUAAAAUAUUAUAGGUUGUUUUUCCUUUGA